AUGAAGGAAAAGUGCUACCCGUUUCCCAUGCAAAUCAGUUCUGCCCUGGGACAACAAGGAAGGGAAGUACCAAGCAAAACGGGAAAAGAUAUUUGCCAAUGGAAGCCUAAGUACAGGCACCGAUGUGCGUCACAUCAGAAAUUAGAGCCACGAACGGAAGGUUCCUACAGUGUUGACUUUGUUCUUUUAAAAAAACAAGCUAGAAGCGCGUCCCCGCCACUCCGAGCAGAGUCCCGGCGGGAGCCUCGGACCGGACCGCAAGGCCCUGUUGCAGGAGCAGCCGCCCGCCCACCACCUGGAGGCCCGCCCGGGGGACUUCGCCCGCACAGCCACAGGACCAUCGCCGCCGCGCCCCUACCGCCGCCCUACACCCAUCCGGUCACAAGGAUACCUACCCGCCGUCCCAGGGUCUACGUUUCUAUCCACCGUCGAAAUGUCACCAGGUACCCUGCCCAUUCCAUUGUCGUUGUAGGCCGCCCCAGUCUGCAGAGUCGGGUUUGGGAGGACUUCUUCACCUUCCUUGGCAUCUUCCUGGGCAUCAUUUUGUUCCCAUUUGGGUUCAUCUGCUAUUCUGCCUCCAGGAAGCAAAGAUACCCCAAAGGCGGAGCAAACCUUACUUUAAAGGGAACGAUACACCUGACUUUCCUACAUCCUGACAUCUUUUCUUAAUGUAAAUGUGUACAACAGCUUUGUUUGAUUAAACUUUCAGGAUUGUUUUGUAAAGUGAGGUGGGAUAGAUCUGGCUAGUGUGAGCUGAGGUUUCGUGAGCACAGGAGUCAUAGCCGUGGACACGCAGCAACACUGCUCCCAGGGUAAAUGACAACCCAAUAAAACACUGCUUUUAUUUUUUGCAGUGUUCAAUUUGAGAAAGGUGAGAAAUAACGUUUUAAAUAAACGAGAUUCAUACCAUUGUGAAACACACACACACACACACACACACACACACACACACACACCAAAACCACACCCUGGGGAAAGACUCUUAGUUGCUAACUUAAUACCUGGUCUCCUCUCCUUACUAUAUAGAAUUCCAAUUUUACUUGGCCAUAAGCCCAGCUAAGACAUUUCUUGGCCUCUUUGAAUCCAGGCAUGAACAUGGGACAAAGUUCUGGCCAAACACAUCUAAGCUGAGGUCUUUGGAGCUUCUAAAGCUCUUUAAAGAGUGCUCACUUAUUUGGCAUAUUCUCUUUCACCAAUCUUUCUUCCUGCGGAAAACAAAGAAAAUGGCUGGAGCUUCAGGAGUCACCUUACAAGAAAGAAAACCACACACUGAGGAGAGCUGAAUGACAGCUACACUUAGGAUGUGGGUGAAAUUGUGAGCCUGCCCUACCAGCCCUGACCAGCCAUAGACCCCGCUUUGUGUCAAGCUGAUAUGGAUAUGAGAUGAAACGAUACAUUUCCUUUUCUCAGAGAGCCAACAAGAGAAGCAGCUAACAUUGCACACUUGGUAUGUACCAGAAACCAUUCUUUGUGCUUUACAUGCAUUAGAAUAACCAUGUGCAUUAAGUAUUUAUACAGAUGAGGAUACACAUCUAGCAAGGUUAGCUAUUCAUGGUAAUCCAAGACUUGACGCUGGAUCUUCUGUCAUGUGUGUGAUUAACUACAAUGCUCUACUGGUUUCCAGUCUUAUCAAUUAUAAUUCAAAUUUGAACUCAAAUUCAAAGGGAUAAAAGUCUUGAUAAAGAGGAGUACAGGGAACAUACGGGACAGAGGGGAGAAUGUCAAAGUUUCCAGCAGAAUCUUGGGCACUUAACAGGGUGUCAAAAAUGAGUAUGUGUGGGGCACCUGGGUGGCUUAGCUGGUUGUGUCCAACUUGGGCUCAGGUCAUGAUCUCACAGUUUGUGAUUUGCAGCCCCACAUUGCCUUCUCUGCUGUCGGCACGGAGCUCAUUUUGGAUCCUUUGUCCCCUCUCUCUCAAAAAUAGUUUUUAAAAGUGAGUAUGCAUUCACCAAGAAGCAGAGCAAUAUGAGAUGUGAUGAGAGUGCUUAGUUUGGAUCUCAAAUAUGAAGACAGAUGUUAAAUAGAUUUUCAAUUAUAACAAUCAAUGUGAAACGGACAACGGACUUAGAGGCUGUACUGAUCGCUCUUCCAAGAAACUUGACUGUACAGGUGAAAUGGAAAUAGGGUAUUCAUAUUUGUAAAGUAUUCAUAUAUACACUGCUAUUAACAGUGUAUUGAAGCUAUCCCAGUCAACAUUUAAUCAAACAUGGAAGAUAAAGUAUACUGGAAAGUCCAUGAACUUUAAGAAUCAGGUAAAACUGGAUUUGAAACCUUGUGCUGUCAUUUAUUUGUAGCUUUGUGUAAAUUGCAUGCCUUCUGUGAGCUUGUUUCAUCUGUAAAUAAUUCAACUUCAUAUAGAACAGCUACAGACUCCAAAUGUGAUUUUGAGCAUUAAU